CUUCCAUAGUAAUUAUCAAAUUACCAAAAUGGAAAAGUUAAUUUGACUUCUAUUCAAAUAUACAUGUAAUUUUUAAAAUUUGUUGGUCCAAUUAGUCACCAAAAAACAUCCAAAAAUAAUAGGCUAACAAACCACAACAAAGUUAGCAUAACAAACCUCUUCCCUCCCAUUUCUGGGGUCCCUUUUUUUCUCUCUCUUCUCCUCUUCAAUGGCGAUUUCAACACACAAGAAUAGCAUUUGGGACACUGUCCUAGAGCUUACCAAAACUGCCCAACAAAAGGGUACCGACCCUUUUUUGUGGGCAAUUCAAAUUUCCUCAAAUUUGAACUCUGUAAAUGUUUCUUUGCCUUCUAUUGAACUUUCUCAUACUAUGGUGUCCUACAUUUUUUGGGACAACAACGUUCCUUCUGCUUGGAAGUUUCUGGAAAAAGCCCUUAUGUUGAACAUGGUUCCUCCUUUGCUUGUUCUUGCUCUCCUUUCUACUAGGGUCAUUCCUUGCCGACAUUCUCGACCCACUGGAUAUAGGCUUUACAUGGAAUUUUUGAAGAGAUAUGCUUUUAAGUUGAAGUCUCAGAUCAGUGUGCCUGAUUUUGGAAAAGUCAUGAUGUCAAUUGAGCAUGCCCUGUGUCUUUCUCAGAUAUUUGGUUCACGAGCAAGUGAACCAAAUGUUCUUUUGGUUGAAUUUGUGUUUACUAUCAUGUGGCAGCUGCUUGAUGCAUUACUAGAUGAUGAGGGGUUACUGGAACUUACCACAGAGAAGAAAUCUUUCUGGGCUAUUACUACUCAAGAGAUGGAUAUUGAUCCUUAUGAUAAUUAUGACGAGAAGAAGUUUGAACAACUUGACAAAUUGAGAAGAAUGAAUACUGAGAUGGCCUUUGAGAUUAUUGGACAAUUUUUUCAAAAUGGAGUCACCUCUCGAAUGAUUUGCUUGGUACGCCAUAACAUGCCAAAACAAUGGGCAGCUUUUACUGAAAGAUUAGAGUUGCUUGCAACAAACUCAUUAACGUCAAGGAAUCCAAAGAUUUUAUGUCCCAAAAUGCUUUUAGAAUUGACUUCUGGUGCUCGAAAAUUUUCAUCCUGGAAAUACAAAAAGUCGGAAGAGUUUUCUGGUGAUUUGGAUUUCAUAUCACUGGCUUCUCCUGCUCAUGGUCAAGAAACUAGCCAUUCGGGUUUGUGGCUUCCGCUUGAUAUAAUUUUGGAGGAUGUCAUGGAUGGAUCUCAAGUUACAGCAACAAGUGCGGUCGAGAUCAUUACUGGUCUGGUGAAGUCCCUUCAAGGGAUUAACAAUACCUCCUGGUAUGAUACCUUUCUAGCCUUGUGGAUUGGUGCUCUACGUUUCGUUCAAAGGGAAAGGGAUCCAAUGGAAGGGCCAGUUCCUUGCCUUGACACCCGGAUGUGUGUUUUGUUGUCGAUCACUCCUCUAGUGGUUGCUGAUCUUAUAGACGAAGAGGAAAAUCCACUCGAUGAAUCAGAAAGUAAGUUAAUCAAUAAUUGGAAUAAAAGAUGUGAUACCUACACCCGUCGCAAAGAUUUGGUUUCCUGCUUGCAGAUACUUGGCGAUUAUCAGUCCUUGCUGUCCCCACCUCAAUCUGUUGUUCCUGCAGCCAAUUUGGCUGCUGCAAAAGCAAUGAUGUUUGUUUCAGGCAUUGAUGUCUCUGGUGGAUACUUUGAGUGCAUUAAUGUGGAUGAUCUACCAACUAACUGCGCUGGGAAUAUGCGCCACUUAAUAGUUGAAGCUUGCAUAGCUAGGAAUCUUCUUGAUACAUCGGCAUAUUUUUGGCCAGGCUAUGUGAAUGGUCAAAUAAAUCAAUUUCCUAGUCGUAUUCCUUCUCAAGUGCCUGGUUGGUCAUCAUUUAUGCAAGGAGCUUCACUUAGACCUGUGAUGAUCAAUUCUAUGGUUGUUGCUCCUGCUUCAAGUUUAGCAGAGCUGGAGAAAGUAUUUGAGCUUGCAAUGAGCGGAUCAGAGGAUGAAAAGAUUUAUGCAGCCACAAUUCUUUGUGGGGCAUCCUUACUUCAGGGAUGGAAUGUGCAGGAGCAUACUGUGUCGUUUAUAACUAGGUUACUGUCUCCUCCAGUUCCUGCUGAUUUUCUGGGUAAUGACAGCCAUCUUAUAGCAUAUGCACCAAUGCUUUUUGUGCUCUUGGUUGGAAUAGCACCAGUUGACUGUGUCCAGAUCUUCUCGUUACAUGGCUUGGUGCCUCAACUUGCUGCAUCAUUAAUGACAAUCUGUGAAGUUUUUGGAUCAUGUGUUCCUAAUGUUUCAUGGACAGUAAAUGAGGAAGAAAUUUCUGCUCAUGCUGUUUUUUCAAAUGCAUUUGCCCUCCUUUUGAAGCUCUGGCGGUUCAAUCAUCCGCCUCUCGACUAUGGUGUGGGAGAUGUACCUCCAGUUGGGUCUCAACUUACACCAGAGUACCUCUUAUUAGUGCGGAACGCUCUCCUUUCAUCUGCAGGAUAUGUGCUCAAGGAUCGUAACAAAAGAAGACUUUCAGCUGUUUUUAGUGCAUCAUGCCCAAAACCCAUAUUUGUUGAUUCCUUUCCAAAAUUGAAAGUCUGGUAUCGUCAGCACCAAGCAUGCAUUGCUGCACCUCUCUCUGGUCUAAUUCCUGAAAGUCCCGUGCAUCAGAUUGUUGAGGUACUUUUAAAUAUGAUUUUCAGAAAGAUCAACAAAGGAGUUCAAUCUUCUGCAACUUCUGGAAGUAGUAAUUCUUCUGGGCCUGCUAGUGAAGAUAGCUCUUUAAGACCCCAGUUGCCUGCUUGGGAUAUUCUGGAAGCUGUUCCCUAUGUCGUUGAUGCAGCCUUAAGUGCCUGUGCUCAUGGACAGGUCACUCCUCGUGAGCUAGCUACAGGUCUUAAAGAUCUUGCUGAUUUUCUUCCUGCGUCUUUGGCAACAAUAGUGAGUUACUUUUCUGCUGAAGUGACUCGGGGAAUAUGGAAACCGGCUCUUAUGAAUGGAACAGAUUGGCCAAGUCCUGCUGCAAAUUUAUCCAAUGUUGAGGAACAAAUCAAGAAAAUACUUGCUGCAACUGGGGUUGAUGUUCCAAGCCUUGCUGCAGCAGUAAAUUCUCCAGCUACUCUUCCCCUGCCAUUGGCUGCAUUUUUGAGCCUCACUAUAACCUAUAAACUUGACAAAGUAUCGCAGCGUUUCCUCAAUCUGGCGGGACCAGCUCUUGAGUCCCUUGCAGCUGACUGCCCAUGGCCGUGCAUGCCUAUUGUGGCUUCUUUAUGGACACAAAAGGCAAAACGUUGGAGUGAUUUCCUUGUCUUCUCGGCAUCACGUACCGUCUUCCUCCAUGACAACAAUGCUGUGGUUCAGCUUCUCCGGAGUUGCUUUACCACCACACUUGGCCUGAGCACUAACCCUUCUUCAAGCAGAGGUGGGGUUGCUGCCCUUCUUGGCCAUGGAUUUGGGUCUCAUUUUAAUGGGGGGAUAUCUCCUGUUGCUCCAGGAAUCCUAUACUUGCGUGUAUAUCGUUCUGUCAGAGAGAUCAUGUAUUUGGCAGAGGAAAUAAUAUUUCUCUUAAUGCAGUCUGUACGAGAGAUAGUAGGUGCUGGGAUAUCUAAGCAAUCAAGAAAGAAACUUAAAAGGACAAAAAUUGGACCAAUAUACGGGCAGGUCUCACUCGAUGUGGUAAUGACUAAAGUGAAAUUGGCAGCUUCUCUUGCUGCUACACUUUUGUGGUUAUCUGGGGGACAGUGCUUGGUUCAGUGUCUAUUAAAAGAAACUCUACCUUCUUGGUUCAUAUCAGUUCAGAGAUCUGCACUAGAAGAAGAAUCAGAAGAAAUAGUUUCAACAUUUAGAGGUCAUGCAUUGGCGUAUUUUGCAGUCCUUUGUGGAGCCUUUGCUUGGGGUGUUGACUCAUCAUCACCUGCAUCCAAACGACGCCCUAGAAUUCUUGGGCAAUACUUGGAAUUUCUAGCGAGUGCUUUGGAUGGUAAGAUCUCUUUGGGUUGUGAUUCAGUUGUAUGGAAGGCCUAUGUUUCAAGGUUCAUAAACUUGAUGGUAGGGUGCACACCAAAUUGGGUGGUGGAAAUGGACGUGAAUGUAUUGAUGAGAUUGAGUGACGGACUGAUUCACUGGAAAGAAGAGGACAUUGCUUUUGCAUUGCUCACGACUGGUGGGAUGAAUACCAUGGGUGCAGCUGCAAAGCUCAUAGUAGAAAGUGAAAGAUAACAUACAUCUUUCUUUCUUUCUUUUUGCUGCACCUGAAAUUCUAUAAAAGGUGCCUGCUAGUUUAGUAGUUUCUAGUAGAAUUGUACAUGAGUUUCAUCUUCAUGUAGGGUAGUUGUGCAGCCAUGACCACAUUGUAUUUUUUUUUUUAUUUGAAGUUCACUCAUAUCGAGAUUAUGCAACUAAUCUUUGUACCAUAGCUGUCUUUUUUAACCUUGCUACGAGUAUUAAUUAAGGAGAGGUGUAUAGUAUUGGUUUUUUUUUUAUCCAAUGAACUCGGUGAUGAUUUUUUCA